CUCUCUCUGUGCUCGCGUGCCCCGUCCAACUUCUCCCCCUUAAUAACUUCAUUCUCCCCUCACCUCCUCCCGUCUCUUCGUUCCUACCCACAUCGGUUUCUCCCUCGGUCGAGGAUCUCUCCUGGCUCCAUCUUGGUGCUUGGAUCUCGAAAGGUGGUUCCUUUGGGCGGGAUCGGGAAGCUGCGCGGUGGAAGGAGGUGAGCGGCGCGGCGGGGGUCCGUGGAGGAGCAGAAGCAGCGAGUUCGCGGGUUCGGGAGCGAGUCGUUGACGGUUCGAUCCGUCAACUUCAGUUCACGAGGAAAAAGGAGAGAUUUUUGUUGGCUUCCGGCGGGGCUCGUUUUGGCUCGGCUGGUUCUUCUCUUGUUCUUGGCGUUCUGUUUCCGGGUGCGGUAUCGCGAUGGCGGGAAGCAACGAGGUGAACGCCAACGAGUGCAGGAUGGUGGUUCCCCUCAACACAUGGGUCCUCAUCUCCAACUUCAAGCUGGCCUACAACAUGCUGCGCCGCCCCGACGGAACCUUCGACCGCCACCUCGCCGAAUUCCUCGACCGCAAGGUCCCCGCCAACGCGGCCCCCGUCAAUGGCGUCGUCUCCUUUGACAUCCUCAUCGACCGCACCAACAAUCUCCUCGCCCGCAUCUACCGCCCCGCCCCUCCGAACCCGUCCCCCGCCACCACGCCCCUCGCCGACUUCCACCGGCCUCCCUCCCCGGAUCCCUUCCCCGUAAUCAUCUUCUUCCAUGGCGGCAGCUUCGCCCACUCCUCCCCGAACACCGCCAUCUACGACUCCCUCUGCCGGCGCUUUGUCUCGCUGUGCGGAGCAGUGGUUAUCUCCGUCGACUACCGUCGCUCACCUGAAUACCGGUACCCCUGCGCCUACGACGACGGAUGGGCGGCCCUCAAGUGGGCUUCCACCGAGCCAUGGCUCCACGGCGGCAAGGACGCCAAACUUCGGGUGUUCCUCUGCGGCGACAGCUCCGGGGGCAACAUCGCGCACCACGUAGCCGUAAGGGCUGCAGAAUCCGGGAUCGAGGUAUCCGGGAACAUCCUUCUCAACCCCAUGUUCGGCGGCAAUCACCGGACGGAGUCGGAGAAGAGAUUGGAUGGUAAGUAUUUUGUGACGAUCCAGGACAGGGAUUGGUAUUGGAAGGCGUAUCUCCCGGAGGGAGCCGACAGGGACCACCCAGCUUGCAACCCCUUCGGUCCCAAUGGCGUCCCCCUCGAGGAGCUUCCUUUCACAAAGAGCCUCGUCAUAGUGGCAGGCUUGGAUCUUGUUCAGGACUGGCAAUUGGCCUAUGCCGACGGGUUGAAGACGGCCGGCAAAGAUGUGAAGCUCGUCUACCGGGAACAGGCCACCAUCGGCUUCUAUUUGUUGCCCAACACUGACCAUUUCUACGAAGUAAUGGAGGAGAUCAAGCACUUUGUUACCUCUAACUUAUAGUCCAUGUGCAGCAGGAAGAAGAAGGAGCUGUUCUAUCAUCUUCCUAUGCCUGAUUCCAGUUCCACGAGGUUGGAAGAUGGUGCUAACUCUAUAGGUAACUUGCCUUUCUUCCUUCUGCUGGUGCCUUCAGUGGUAUCUGUUGGACACCAGGGUGUAUAGUGAGUCAAGUCCAGGAAGAUGGAUACAGCAUGUAACAUGGAUCUUGUGUUGGUAUAAAGAUGCCCUCCUGUGAUUCCUUUC